GAAGGCAGUUGGUGCAGCUUGUGUGUGAUUCCUAACGUCAUGUUGGCUGAGAGCCAGCCUGGUUUUAUUUCACUGUGUCAAAUUGUACCUCCUUAUUGAAUUCCUUUGCCAGCCUACUUUGUGAAAGAAAACAUUGGGGUUUCUUUGGCUGUUCUUGAUAAGCCUAUAAAAAAUGACAUGUUUUAGUUGCUUCUAGUUGCUGAAGUAAAGGAAACCUGCAGCCUCCCCAUGCUAUCUGUUGACAUGGAAAACAAGGAAAAUGGCUCUGUCGGUGUAAAAAAUUCCAUGGAGAAUGGGAGGCCACCCGAUCCUGCAGACUGGGCCGUGAUGGAUGUCGUCAAUUACUUCCGGACCGCAGGAUUCGAAGAGCAAGCUAGUGUGUUUCAGGAACAGGAAAUUGAUGGAAAAUCCCUGCUACUGAUGACAAGAAAUGAUGUGUUGACAGGACUUCAGUUAAAAUUGGGGCCUGCUCUGAAAAUCUAUGAGUAUCACGUAAAACCUCUGCAGACAAAGCAUUUAAAGAACAACUCUUCAUAGUAUAGUCAAAUUGGGGUCUUGGACCUCAAAAAAUACAUAAUGACGUAAUUUAGUUUCAUGUGAUGAAACUUUGUAAACAGAAUACAUACAUGUGUAUAUGUAAAGAAUCUCAAUCAAAUGAAACGUUAUCCUAUUGGAUAGACUAGGCAAUCCAUCGGCUGACCUGAACUCAGCCAGGAGGAGCGAGGACAUGUGGACAGGAUGGUUUACCUUGUGGAGUUUGUCAAAUAGAAUGAUCUUUGAUGAGAUUAGACAGCCCUCCCCACAAAGAGGAUUUUCUUCAUAGUUUGCUUUCCCAAAUUCCUGAAAAAAGAAUCGAAUGGUAUGAGCAUCUUUCAGUUACAGAUGUGGGAGGAUCAAAAGUAAGAACUUGGGGAGGGGGAGAAAGAGAAAGGGAUUGUGCCUCCCUUGAAUUCCUCUGCUCCUUAGAGCUUGUGUUAUUUGGAUGGAAUUGCCGACACCCUUUUUUGUAGAGGGUCCUCCACUUGACCUUAUUAAGGUUUCACUGGGAUAUGCUGCGCUGUUUGAAACGGACAUGCAUCAUGGCCCCUUCAGGAGCAGACUGUAGCUCUGAAAAGAGAAAUUCUGUUGUAUUUUGGGGACAUCCAUCCAUCUUCAGCUAGCUUUCAUGGGGGUAAUGGUAUUUUCUGCAUAGAUCUGCUUUAAAAUUGGUUCUUUGUUUCUGAAGAAAGCAUUUUUUUUUCACUUUAUGGUUUGUAUUUAUAAUAAUUUGUUUCUGAAGAAAUUUGCCAAGAGUUAUAGAUUGAAAAGCCUUGUUACUAGUACAGAAUAUUUUUAUAUAUAUAUUCCUUCAUGAUGGUGUAAUAUUUUUUUAAUUGCUCUGAUGCUUUGUUUGAUUUCCAAUUUGAGUACUUGUUUUUAAGAACUUGAAAAAGUGGGCUUGCUACAUCUCUGUUCAAAGAGACAUUUGUUCAAUCUCUGUGUGUCAAUGCCUUGUUGAAUUGGUGCUUUGUGGUCACAAUAAAGCAUUGCUUCAGUUUA